AAAUGUUAUACUCCGAUUACCUUUAUUUACUUUUGGCUCGCUUGUGCCUUCCCCCGUGGUAUCUAAAACUAUCGUUACUGUCUGGUCAUUGUGUUUAAUCAGAUUAUACGUUUAUUUUAUUAUAAGAUGGUUCUUCUGUAUAUGCUGUAUUUUAUCGUCUGUUCUAGGCUUCACUUCACCACGGGAAGUUUUCUCCCUCGCAGUUUGGUUUAUUGCUCGGUCCGAGGAGGAGCUUGUCGAGACUUCUACUAAUGAAAAUCAGAUGUUUUCUGCAAGCCAACUCGGUAGCCAAAUUGCAGUAUAGACAGAUGCACAAUGUUGGUGUAGUUAUUCAUGAGGGCUACUCAAUGUCUGCCUACAACCCAUGUUUGGGAAACAAACCCAACGCUCUAAUCAGAAAACGUAGCCUACUCCUUGCUUUCUCUAUCUUUACAAAUAUCAGAACAUAAUGUUACGCGGCUUGGGGGUAUUGAAGAAGGAUACAGUUAGUGCGCAAUGAGAACCCGCUCGACAGCCUGGGAGUGUGAAAGCCAACGAAUGACCAUGACUUCCCAAACCGGAUACUCCAGUAACAUGAUGUUCCAGUCCAUCAGCAACGACCUGAACGCCUCGCUGGCGACGGCUGACGAGUUGUCCCGAGAGUUCAACUCCAUGAUGCAUGAGGCCACGCCCACUCCUCUGCAGCCUGGCCACCAGACCUCCUCCCACCUCAACCCCGCCGCCGCCACCGCCUACUCCUCCUCCACCUCCUCGAUACCGAGAGACAGGCCCAUGUCCGUCGCUCCGUCCAUGACCGCCGCCGCCGCCGCCUCGAGCACCGCCUCCCGCUCGGACUCCAGCUCCAGCAUCCCCUCCUCCGCCUACUCCAGCUCCUACACCGGCUCGUCCUCCACCCCCAGGAUCUCCUGCCCCCAGCCGUCCAGCAAUGUGUCCUCCGUCGGCGUCUGGAGCUCCUCCUCCUCCACCUCCUCCUCCUCCUCCCUCCCCCUCCCCCGCCCGCACGACGCUCUCAUCGCCACCAGCAGCAGGAAGCUCCCCCCCUCCCCCCUCACCUCCCCUCAGCCGUCCUUCGACCCCAACACCCCGCUCAAACGCUACUCCGCCACCUUCAGCUACGCCCAGCAGCAGCAGCCGCAGCAGCAGCAGCAGCAGCAGGUCAGCCCCAACCAGUCGCCCCGGUCGGGGCGCCGCAACCGUAGCCCCCGCAGCCCCCGCAAGUCCCCCAGAUACAUGGAGAGCAGCCCCGCCCCCGGCCCCACCGGCGCCGCCGGCUUUGACCAAUGGCAGCACGGCACCGCCCAGCCGAUGCACCCUUCCGGUGGUCUGCGGGUGCCGCACGACACGGGCGCGAUGGGUCGGAGGUCGCCCGGCGGCGACAGGAGCUCCUCCCCUCGCCCGUUUGGCAGCGGCGGCGGCGGCGGCCUCAUCGCUAGCACGCUGCCGCGCAACUUUGGAGGCGUGAAGCACAAUGAGGAGGGUUUGCAGCAGCAGCAGACUACUGGCAGGUGGAACGAGACAGAUCUGGAUGCCUUCUCUUCUAAUAAGAAACAUCACCACACCUACGACACGUCGGAGUGGAUGAGGCCGGUGGCGCCCGGCAGCGGCUGGAGGGAGUCCAACCUAGACGGGCCGACGCCGGCCCCCGCCCAAAAGAAGGACUCUCUGUCGGGCUUCAACUACGGGCAGGGCUCGCUCCCGCGCAACACGCGCAUCGCAGUCCCCCCCGAUCCGCUGUCCCCCCCGCACUACCUGGCCCAACCAAUCGUCAGCCGCAUCUCGAUCCCCCCGGCCAACGCAAGGCCGCGCCAGCGCAAGCCCAUCCCGCUGUCGGUCAUCAUGCGCCUGCAGAACCCCAACUGGGCUGGGGAACCCAUGGCCCAUCCUCAUGGGCUGGGGAUGGCUGGAGACUUCCCAAUGGCCCCGCCCUCAGUCCGAGAGAUCCCGCCCCCUUCUUCCUUGCAGCCCGCAUUCUACGCCGAAGUGCUGAACUCUGGUGACGUGGACGCAGAGCUGGAGAAGCUCGACCUGGUCCACUACAUGCCCCCCAUCCCAGAGACCUCACGCGGGUCGCCCCAGAGCGGUGCCGGCGAGGGGGGCGGGUCGCCCACAAAGGGUGCCGGCGAGGCGGGCCCCCCGGCGCCCCGGCCCCUCAGCCCCACGCGGCUGCAGCCCGUGGUGGCCCCGCAGGCGCACGCGGUCCACGACAUGGAGGAGGUGUUCCGCAUCCGCGCCGAGAUCCCCCGGGCGCUCAAGAGGCGGAGCUCCGUCGACCGGUCCCUGCCGCAGAGGAAGGCGUCCCAGUACCAGCCCAACCAGUACAAGCAUCUCAUCAACAAGCUGUUCCGCCGCACGGGGCGGGGCGGGGAGAAGGGCAGCGACUCCUCCGACGGGGAGGAGACGCCUUCCUCCCCCCCGGAGUCCCCCGCGGUCGCACCCUCCCCCGCCUCCCCGGACUACCCCAGCUACCACUCCAUCCUGCGGCGCAGCAAGAAGCAGAACAGGGCAGUGGGGCGCCGGGCGCACCUCAACCCUCUGGUGCUGCUGCUGGACGGGGCCCUGGUCGGGGAGCUGGAGACCGUCCAGAAGGCCGUUCAGGAGAUGAGUGAUCCCAGCCAGCCCAACGACGAGGGCAUCACGGCGCUCCACAACGCCAUCUGUGGAGGCCACUACAACGUCGUGGACUUCCUGGUUCGGAUCGGAGCCAACGUCAGCGCCCCCGACAGCCACGGCUGGACCCCGCUGCACUGCUCGGCCUCCUGCAACGACCGGCCGCUGUGUGAGUUCCUGGUCCGUAACGGGGCCGCCGUCAUGGCAACCACCGAGAGUGACGGGGCCACCGCCGCGCAGAAGUGUGACCCCUACGCCCUCGGGUUCGAGGAGUGUGAGAGCUUCCUCAGAGGUGUGGAGGAGGCGAUGGGAGCCGACAACAGCGGCGUGCUGUACGCCCUGUGGAGCUACCAGGGGCAGGCCGCUGACGAGCUGGGCUUCAAUGAGGGGGACAUGGUGACCAUCCUGCAGAAGGCCCAGGGGGUGGACUGGUGGUGGGCCUCGCUCUGUGGCCGCGAGGGCUUUGUGCCCAACAACUACUUUGGGCUCUUCCCAAAGGUCCGUCCUAAGUCUCUGUGUUGAUGCGUCUCUCUGGGCUCACGGAUCAGAGGACGACGUUGUCUCAUCUGGUGUUCUACACCAUGUCCCUCCACCAGGGGGAGCCAGGGAGUUAGGCCUGGCCUUUACGAGUGGCAAGGCGGACAGGUAGACACGUGGACAAGGGGAGGGACUUCAACUGGUUUGCAACUGCUGCAAUUGUGAGGAGCACAAGAAGAGGUGUGCGUAGGGCGUUUCGUUGAAAGCCAGUGGGGGGAAAUAGUAAAGUGUCUAAAACUAAACUUUAAAUCCAUCUAGGGACGCCUCACAAGUUGUCUGUGCGAACUAAAAUAAACUUUUAGGUGUC